AAUAAUGGAGAUUCUCAUUCAGUACUUAAUGGUUUAUUUAACUUGAAUGAGUAUGGGAGAGAUUCAUUCAGAGAUGUGGAGAUGUAGAUGUAGGGUUAGGAUGGUCGUGGAUGGUGGAGCAGAAACAGAUAACAGGAGACCUUCCUUACACCCGGACAGAUUCCUUUAAGCCUAGUAAAUACAGAAUGAGGAAACCCAUUGACAUAUGCAGGGAACCGACCAAUCAGAAGAGAAGGGGGAGUUCUCGUGUUUCCAUAAAUUAAUCGGGUGAGACAGGCGGCGGCUGUGAUGUACCUGACAUUCCUACACGGGUACGUUGAGGCCUGACAGGGAAAAGGGAGACCAUCCACGUGCGGAGGAAUCUGAAAAGGUGAGGUAAGUGUUCUUCAAGACACUUCGGGGGAAGGAAACGUAGGAGGAAACCAGCCGAGACCGAAGAACGAACCGGAAGGAUUUCACUGAGCGAUGACGUCAGUCGAACCUCAGGUUCUGAUGCCAGAGUUAAGCUCCAGUAGUGAUGGUUACUAUACCCUGCCGUCUCCGGCCGGCCCCGAGUGGACCGCUCCGGAUCUGGGAGACCUCACCUCCGGCUACGUGAAUCCCUACCUAUGCAUCAGUGGUUCUGGAAUGAAUGGAACUUCUGGCCUCCAGGCAGGCACUGCCAUAGACAGCCCAACUUACAGCAUGCAGAGGUCCUACUCAUCCAUGGCCGGAGCUGGGGUCUUGGCAGCAGGAGAAGCAGGCUGGAUCCGAGUCCCCCUGCAGGGGAACUGGAUGAAUCUGGCCAGGCCCCCCUACUCCUACUCUGCUCUGAUCGCCAUGGCGAUUCACUGGGCGCCCCAGCGACGCCUCACCCUCAGCCAGAUCUACCAGUAUGUGGCAGAUAAUUUUCCCUUCUACAGCAAGGGCAGAACGGGCUGGCAGAACUCAAUCCGACACAACCUCUCGCUGAACGACUGCUUCAAGAAGGUGCCACGGGGUGUCGAUGACCCAGUAGGUAAGGGAAACUACUGGAUCCUUGACCCCAAUUGUGAGAAGAUCUUCGACAACGGCAACUUCCGCCGCAAGAGGAAGAGAAAGGCGGGUGAGGCGGCAGUCGACGUUUCAAGAAUCCGAACGGGUGGGUACGGGACCCCCCAGCUCCCUGCGUGGAGCUCUCCCUGCCUGAGCGGCUUCCUGUCAGAGAUGUCUGGGAUAGCGGGCUUGCUCGAGGAGGGCGGCCAUGUGCUACCCCACGACUACGACUCCCACUGGCCUGCCUCCCCACCUCCAGCACCCACCUCAACUGUGCCACCCAAUCAGAUCAGCUGUUUUAACACCGGACUAAGCUUUGCCUUCUACCACCAGGAUGGCACUGAAGUCUAAUAAUGCUAUAUAGGGACUGAGCACCACCUACUCAAAGAGCCUCAGCCCUUCUUCCCCCACUGUGGCAUCUUCACUAUCUGCCAGGGGGCUGGGUGGUCCCAUUCGCACAGAACUCAGAGGCCGUCAGAAGAUGACCUCCGCUGACCUUCCAUCCAGAGGUCACAUGAUAUAAACCUGUCACAUGAUUCCCUUCUGAAAAAUAAUUUUGCGCACCUUUUCAUACUUAGUGUUGGACUAUGAGCAAAGAGCAGUGCUCUGCUGUCUGCUUUCUUGCCUAUUAAUGGAUCCCGGUUGCUUCUCUGUACGAUUAUUAGUGUUUCGGAGAAGCUCGUCGACUGAUUGUCCCUCAGAGUCAAAUGCAAAGACUCUUCAGUCAUGCAGAGAGAAAAGCAUCGUCUAGGGUCAACCCUAACCAUAACCCUAACCCUAACUGCUAACCCUAACCCUAACCCUAACUGCUAACCCUAACCAGCACUAACCAUAACCAUGUCCUGGGAUUUCCACUGUUUUUAUAAGAGGGAGGGAGAGCCUGGCUUUUGAGAAUUAAUAUGAAACAUUUGAAUGUCACAAAAGCUUCCUGUCCUGUUUAUUAUUUAAAAUCAGUAAUUUUCUUGUUCAUAUUUUGAGCCAGUGCAUUAGCCAUUGCUAAUCAAGCGCCACGUAAUGUCAUGCUUCUGCAAAGACAUGCAUCCCUGUGACGUCAGCGCUCUCUGUCAUCCCAGCCCAAGGCACUGUGACGUCAGUGAAAUAAAAAGUGAGAUAACGGUCAGGCAUGUGACUAGAAGCAUCGUUAACUCUGCGAUCCGCGGAUACACACCCCUGUAAUCUCCGGCUGUCAUUCGGCGAGAGAAUGGCCAAUCACACGCAAACACAAGCACGCAUUCGGCACUGAAUCCCAGUGCAUGUUUGUUGACACAAAAUGUUGUAUUUAUC